CGAACAUUUUGAAUAGACGGGCUAGGCAACUGGCUGGCUAAACAACCCGGGUGAAUCUCAAAUCCUCCGAUAUUACUCACCCUUAUGCAGAGCCUUUCACCUCGAUGCUGACCACACUGCGAUCAAUUUGGUCUCCGCUAGAUGCUGUGUUUAUCUGUCUCUACAACCUUCUGCCUAGCUGGAAACCUGGCACAUUUGUUAUCGAAGAAAUGGAAUCAUCUUCGUCUUUGAGCCCCAAGGAUGCUAUCCCAGCUGCUGCAUAUGAAAUUCCCGAUCACCCUCCAAACGUCGAAGUGAGAAUUGUUCGUCCGUAUUAUCCUCCUGGCGUGUCCCAGAUCAUUGGCCGCAGUGGUCGACAUUUUAUCGGCCUGCUCAAUGAAUCAACCGUUCUCAAGUACCCAUACAUACCUGGCGAUCGUGUAGGUAUCGAGGUAGAGGCGGAGCUUCUCAAUCUCGUCGGCAGCCACCCACGGAUCAUCGCCUCGAAAGGUCUCAAUGAGCAUGGCCUAGUCCUACAGUAUGCAAGGAACGGCAACGUCUGCGAUCGCUUCACAACGGGUCAUGAUAUUUCCUUCGACCAAAAGCUCCGCUGGUGUAAACAAGCUGCGGAAGCCGUCAAAUACAUACACCAGAAAAGAGUUAUCCACUGUGACAUCAAUGUUCGCAAUUUGCUACUGGACGAUAACCUUGACGUCUUACUCGCAGACUUCCAGGGCGUGUUGAAGUCCGAGAAUGGCGAAAAAUUGCUGGACGGGGAGUCGAGAGAACAUUCUAAAGCAUACAUGCCUCGCGUUCACGGUGAUAUUGCCAAUGCCAAGACGGAUAUCUUUGCACUGGGAUCUCUAUUUUACCAUAUCAUGAUGGGACAUGAACCGUUUCCGGAAUUGAAUGAUUGGGAGCAUGAUGAGGAGAUUGAAGAACGUUACAAAAAUGGCCAAUUUUCUACUGAUAGCCAUGCAUGCUCUCAUAUUACAGAUAAGUGUUGGAGGCAGUUGUACGAGUCUGCUGAUGAGAUAAUCUUUGACCUUUCUCAGAUUCAGGCGGCAAAGGAUGCUGGUACGGAAUACUAAG